AUGCAGACUGGAUCUUCUGAAGCCUCAGGUGGAGGAGCUACGUUUGGUUCCCUGUCAACCUGUCGAAACACGUCUUCAUAUUUUUUCUGCACCGGCAGUGGAUUUGGGUGUCAUUAUCUUCACCUCCACAAGGGGGAGUGCCAGACUGAUCAAUACCUGGAGGGAUGUCGAGUGUACAAACCACUCAAGAAUGGAAGUGAAUGUUGGAUAGAGAAAAAUGGCGGAGAUGAAGACUGGAGCGGGGAGAUCUUUGGUGUUCACAGCCGUUGCUUCUUCUCCAACCUGACCAGACAGAACCAGACGGAGCUCAGCAGCUCUGUGGAGGGACGUUGUUACAGACACAGGUGUACUGGCCUGAACCGGUACCAAAUCCAGGUGUCUGGCUCUGAAUGGAUGGACUGUCCAGCAGGGGACAACAUUCAGAUAAAAGGAUACCAGGGUUUAGUUCACUGCCCUGACAGGAGGUUAUGUGUGUACGCUGACAUUGCCCCCCCAUCAGACGUUCUCACUACAUUUCCUGUUUCUAUUUCAAGUGAUCCGUGUGAGACUUUAACUGCAGUCCAGACCGGGAGCUGGUCGCCCCUCAGACUCCCUGCAGAGCUCCCUGUAGUCCCGGCGCUCGGCGUCUCUGCUGCUGUGUGUCUCCUGGCUGCAGCCCUGCUGUCUUUCAGGAAAUGUUGUUCCUGCAAGGUCAGGAUCCACACUGCCCCAGAGGAUCACACUGAUCUGUAGCAAACACUACCUUUUAAAAUGUUGAGUGUAAACUUGGAUUUUUAUGGCUUGUUUUUUUUUCAGGCUAAAUGAUCAUUUUAAUGUGAAAGAGAAAUAAAUCAUACAAAAUAACGGUAGAUUUUAUUUAGAAUUUAUCAUGAACAUUGUUUGCAGUGGACAAUCAAUUAUCAAAUGUAAACUAAGUAUAAACCAUCUAAAACUUGAUAUAAUCUAAAAAUAAACCAACACUUAUUUUAAAAAUAAGUUUUUAGCUGUAUUUUUUAUGUUGUAUUUUCUACAUUUUACCAGCUAAAUGUAAUUGCAAUUAGCUGAAAGGAAAACUGUAAUUGCUAAUAAUUUGAUGGGGUGUAAUAGUAACAACUUUGUAAAUGUUGUAAAUGUCAAAAAUAUUUUAAGAGUAAUAAUAAGGUUUCUAAAUAGUGUCUGGUAUCUAAAUGAACUUUUGUAAAAAGCUUUUUUCACUUUGUUGAUAUAGACCUUCUUAUGAGUAACAGUAUCAGUAGCCCAACACAUGUCCUUGAUUAAUGAAUUGAGAUUCACACUUUACAGUUCAAAACAUCAUACCUCCUUUUCAUGUACAAUUUCAAAGUCAGCCAGAAGGUGACAGA